AUGAAGGUUGGCCCUGAGGGUGGUUUGGCCACGUCUCUCACCACUGAGGCGGAAGGCGUUCCCCUGGGAUUCACAAAUGACUUAGACGUUGACGAUCAAGGGAACGUCUACUUUACUGAUAGCAGCACCAAGUACAAAAGAAGUCACACGCCUCCUUCCCUCCUCUCUUCAUUCUCUCCAAAAAUCCUCCAUUCAUCCUUGUUCUUGCAUCCGUUGGAGUUGAGUUUCAAGAGUUUCCGACGAAUCGCAUCAAUUCUUGUUUCUACCAAUUCGUUUUUAUCAAGAAAGGGUGAUUGUGGAUACGUGAGCUCGAGGAACAAGAGUUUCCAUAAGUUGGGUUUUGUGUUGUUUAAACAAUCGAGGAACUUUCUCCAGUUGAUUUUCUCUAGCGAGGAUAGUGGAAGGGUGCUCAAGUAUCCGCUCAAGUACUGGUUGAAAGGCGAGAAGGCAGGGACAUGGGAGCCCUUUGCAGUUCUCCUGGGAUUCCCGGACAAUGUGCGGACAAAUGAGAAGGGGGAGUUUUGGGUAGCAAUCCAUUGUCGGAGAAGCAUAUACGCACACAUCCUAGGUGAGGAUCCAAAACUCCGGCAUGUGUGGUUGAAACUUCCGAUAUCUGGGAAGAUCCAUUACCUGAUGCAUAUCGGAGGGCGGAUGCAUGCUGCGGUGGUGAAGUACAGCGAAGAUGGUAAGGUUGUGCAGAUUUUGGAGGAUAGACAGGGAAAAGUAGUUAGAGCAGUAAGUGAAGUGGAUGAGAGAAAGGGGAAACUUUGGAUGGGGAGUGUGUUGAUGUCGCCUGUUGCAGUUUAUGAUUUAGAGUAGACUAAUGUGUUGUUGUGUGUAAUAGUAUUAGUAAAAGAAUGGAGAAAAUCGGGUUUGGGGGAGAGUUUACAAC